UUGAUCCGCAAAAUCACAUUUUUUUUUAUAAUAUAAUAUGCGCUGGAGAUGGGACCUUAAAGAAAUGUGGAGGAAACUGUUUUUUGUGAGCUCAUAGGUUGGACUGGCAAUGACAUCAGGCUUAACUUGAAUAUCUCUCUGUGCUGUAUUGCAGCAAGGUGGACCGGGGCGUGAGGUGGAGGCAAAAGGAGCAAUGCGCGCACCCACCGGGCUGGACAUUUUGCGGGGAUGUUGUGAGUCCUAAACAAAAGCGAGGCGUAAGGCCACAUACACCCCGAGCUGGAGAACUGCGUCACUGCAUGCGAGUGUUGCAGGUAGGAAGCAAACUCUACCACCACCAGCACCACCGGGAGAGCAGCGUGCUCAUCAUCAUCCCCACACAAUGUCUCCGGUAAGUGUUUAACAAGUUACCGGGAUGGAUUCGGUGGACGAUUCAAGAAAAGAUCCACCACUGGGAUCCACAUUUUUCUCAGCACCCAAUCUAGACUCGGACAUUAAUGCAAAUGCCCGCAGGCCUGUUUAUGAGAAUGGGACAGACCACAACAUCCAAAACGCAGCCCUACGAGGCGCCAGUGACCCAAGCGCAUACCCCUCCACAGACUACCAGGGGAUGAUACGCCAGAGGUUCAUCCGGCGGAGCUUGUGGGUGACAGACUCCGAGGAGCACCCGGUGGAUACGCCGGAAUGUGUCAACAACACCCCGGUGCUCACUAUUGACCUGCGGACCAUCGUUGAUCGGAGUCGGACCCGGGUUCUGCAAGGAACCCGGCUGGGCCUCGGGGAGACUUCAAGCACGGAGAGCCAGGUGGAGCUGAAGGACAGCGCCACAGAGAGCGUGAGCGCCGACGAGGAGAAGGGAGACAGGACUGAAGCCGAGCCAAAGGCAGAGGUCGUGCCCUCGGAUGUCACAGGUAAAGCAUUAAGUGACGAGAACGAAGAGGAACCAGGGACGAAGGCUGUGUCCACCUCACCUGGAGGGCGCUUCCUCAAGUUUGACAUUGAGCUGGGGAGAGGGUCCUUCAAGACCGUAUAUAAAGGUCUUGACACCGACACGUGGGUCGAAGUGGCAUGGUGUGAACUCCAGGAACGGAAACUGUCUAAAGCUGAAAGACAAAGGUUUAAAGAGGAGGCAGAGAUGUUAAAGGCUCUCCAGCACCCCAACAUUGUGCGAUUUUAUGACUUCUGGGAAUCUCCGGUUAAAGGGAAGAAGUGCAUCGUUCUGGUGACAGAGCUAAUGACCUCAGGGACACUAAAAACGUAUCUGAAGCGUUUUAAGGUGAUGAAGCCUAAAGUUCUUAGGAGCUGGUGCAGGCAGAUUCUCAAAGGCCUCCACUUCCUCCACACAAGGACUCCUCCAAUCAUCCACAGAGACCUUAAGUGUGACAACAUCUUCAUCACUGGUCCUACAGGAUCUGUCAAAAUAGGAGACCUGGGCCUGGCAACACUGAAGAGGGCCUCCUUUGCUAAAAGUGUUAUUGGCACUCCAGAGUUCAUGGCCCCAGAGAUGUACGAGGAGCACUAUGAUGAGGCUGUGGAUGUCUACGCCUUUGGGAUGUGUAUGCUGGAGAUGGCGACCUCAGAAUACCCCUACUCUGAGUGUCAGAAUGCUGCUCAGAUCUACCGCAAAGUCACUAGUGGCGUGAAACCUGCCAGCUACAGUAAAGUCAGUGAUCCAGAAAUUAAGGAAAUAAUUGGGGAAUGUAUCUGUCACAGAUGGGAAGAAAGGUACUCCAUCAAGGACCUCCUGAAUCAUGCAUUCUUUGCAGAGGAUACAGGCGUGAGAGUGGAGAUCAAUGAAGAGGACGAUGGAAAGAAAUCAUCUAUUGCUCUGAAGCUGUGGGUUGAGGAUCCUAAAAAGCUGAAGGGAAAGUACAAGGACACUGGUGCCAUUGAGUUUACUUUUGACUUGGUGAGCGAGGUACCAGAGGUCGUUGCCCAGGAAAUGGUGGAAUCAGGUUUUUUCCUAGACUGUGAUGUGAAGAUAGUAGGGAAGUCCAUCCGUGACCGCGUGGCUCUCAUCAAAUGGAGGAGGGAGCGGACUGUCUCGCCAGGAAAUGGUGAGCCAGCUGUGAAGAAGACACAGCAGAACCUGCUGCAGGUGCCCGGUACCGGUGUACAACAGGCGGCCACAUUAGUUACAACGGAUUAUGAGGACCAGGAGGUGGAGCAGCAGACCCUGAUCUGCACCGUGCCAGCCACCAGUUCUACCACAUCUGAAAGUGGACCGAGCUCUACCAUGCAAUUGGAUGAUCUAAAUAAUCAGCAAAAUAGCCCCUAUCAGUCGCUUCCAGAGCCCGUUUCCACAGCACAGAUGAUCUACAGUCCUCCUGCACAGGUUGACCCUCAACUGCACCAGGGGCCCUACCAGCAACCCACAGCACAGGCCUCACAAGAAAACUACACACAAACAUCCACUCAAUUACACCAGGGAGCCUACCAGCAAACCACAGGUCAGCUGCAUCUUGGGGCUUAUCAACAACCUGCUCCACAACUGCACCAGGGGUCCUAUCAGUCUCAAACAACAGUUUCUGCUCCAGCUACACCAGCCCCUAUUGUGCACCAGAGUAGACAGACAGCACAGAGCUUCCCAGCUGCAGCCCCCACUCUACAGCCACAGCUUACUGCCCAACCCAGCCAGGAGCAGUGCCAUCUCCAACCAGCUGCCGUCCUACCCCAGCUUUUGUCUGGUGACCAGCCUACAUCUCACCUGAGUCCUCCUGACAUAUCCUCCAGUUUUCCACAGUCAGUCUCCAGUGCUCCUCCCCCACUCCUGCCCCUACAGAUCAGCACACAGUUUCCCUCACCAUAUCCCGUUGUUCAAACAGGGGGCAUCAAGCCCCCUCCCUUCCCUUUAGGUCCUCUGCCAUGUGCCUACACCAGCAGUGGCCCUCCUGUGUCUAGCUCCCACUACUCACCUUCACCCCACCAUCCCUCCCUUCCUCUGACCCCUCAUGCUGCCUUUCCCUCUAUGCCUACUCUCGGCACCCCUCAGACCCCUCUGUCAACACCUCAGCACGUGCCCAAUGUGGCACUCCCUACUCCACUUUUUGCCAUGGGCAUGUCCCCUGCAGUGUCCCAGCAGCAGGGCGGCCUUAUCACAUCUCAGACAAACCUUAGUAGCUUCCAUACCACCCAUCCAUUACCUCUCUCCCAGGUACAACCCACCCCAUACCCCGCCCCCUACCCUGAGCAGGAACUGGCUGAGCAGCCUGUCCAGGUACAGGCGAUUGCACCACAGGGGAAUUUGGGAGAUGUUCAUCUUUUGUCUUCGGUCCACCCUGUCUUACCUGCUCACCUCUGGGGAAGUGGAGUAGAUACAGAGACUACUGCACCUGGCCUAGACUUAACUGUAGCCCCUACAGCUCCAGUCCCAGCCCCAGCCUCAAUCUCAGUCCAAGUCGAAACUCAAGCCCCAGCACAAACUCCAGCUCUGGUCGCAGCACAAAACCAACCACCAGUCCCAGCUCAAGCUGUAGCCAUGCCUCAAACUCCAGCUUCAACCCAUGUCAAAGACCCAACUUCAGUGCAAGCUCUAGCCUCAGCCCCAGUUCAAGCACCAGUCUCUGCAUCAGGCCCCACUUUUGAACCACCAAAAAGCUCAUCUACAAGCUCAGACGCAACUUCCGCAGUUGAUAAACCUAAACUCUUAGUCCCAGGUUUAUCCUCUGCCCCGAUCCCUAUCACACUGCCAGCCUCAGUUGAAUCUGCAGCCGCUGCUCAUGCUCCAACUCCUGUCGCAGCUUCAGUCCCAGCUCCAGUUCUGCAGCCUGCUGGCAUCCAGACAGCAGCCUCAGUGUCUGAGUGUUCCAGCCUGGCCACAACUCAGCAAAACCUCGAGCAGACAUCUGCAUCCAGCUCCUUUCAACAGGAGCCCUGUGUAGAGGAUGUGUAUCAGGACAAACCAGUAUCUUUACCCAGUUAUACCUAUGACAGUCUCAACUCUGAUGUGGCAUCUGGUAAGGAAACAAGCGAUGGCUAUGACAGCCUGGCUAGUGGAGGGAAGGGGGACGGAAAACCCAGGAAACACCACCGCAAGUCUGCCCGCACACGUUCCCGUCAAGAAAAGACCAGCAAACCCAAACUGAGCAUGCUUAAUGUUUCCAACACUGGUGAUAAAAUGGUGGAAUGCCAGCUGGAGACUCACAAUCACAAAAUGGUGACAUUUAAAUUUGAUCUGGAUGGAGAUGCCCCGGAGGAAAUAGCUACUUACAUGGUAGAGAAUGGCUUUAUCCUGAUGUUAGAGAAGGAGGUCUUCAUUGACCAGCUAAAGGACAUUGUGGAUAAAGCUGAAGACAUGCUGAAUGAAGACACAGAGGGUGAAAGAGCAUCCACCUUGAGUUGUAGCCCUCAACAAGGCCAAAUUUCUGAAGGUCUGGUAGGAGAGAGUCAGCAGCCUGGAGCACCCCAGCCUGUCUAUCAGCAGAAUGUUCUUCAUACAGGGAAGAGAUGGUUCAUAAUCUGCCCGGUAGAGGAGACGCCCACAUCCAGCCAGGAGACACCAUCUGAUGGCACAACUACGCAGUCUCCUGGGAGUUCAGCCAAUACCCAGCCAGCUGACGGUGGCACUGCAAGGCCGUCUGCAUCCAGAGAAGAGGGGUCGUCCUCCACAAUGUCUGGUGGAAGUGGAGGCUUCACCUAUGAUGUGUAUGGAUUCUGUAGCCCUCCAAUAAUGUCCAACACAGACCCUCUCCUCUUCGCUAGUCUGUCACCUCCUGUGUCUGCUCCCCCGACCCUUCAGUCAGUGUCAUCAGCGGAGCCUCCAGGGAGUUUGGCGCAGCCGACUGUUCACCAGUCCCAGCCAGCCAGAGCUCAAACUUUGCCCCCGUCAUCCCCACAUACGUCUUUCCCGGUUGAGGAGUCACAAGGGUCCCCUUUGGGAUCCAGUUCCCCGAUCCAUGCAGCUCAUCAGAUGCCCGACAUAACAUGUCCUGUUUCAAUAGCUGACGAGGUACCCUGCUGCCCUCUGGUUAUGCCCCUGUCUCUGGAUGUGAGCGGUUUACAGGCGGGUUCUCCUCUCACCCCACUUCCACUUCAGGAGCCAGGUUCAGCCAAAGAACCGCUGUCUGUUUCCUACACCUCUGCAGCGCGGAGUGAUCGCCCACAGCAGCCUGUGGUGCUCCACCAGCCCUUUUCCAGCGUGGGAGGGACCAAAGUGCCCUCACUUCCCCAGAGCCCUGCACCAUCCCAGCAUGGUGCAGGGCCUGGUGAGUCAGAUGGCGAAGGACGGCUGGGCCGUGGGGGAUUUGUGGACAGCACCAUAAAAACACUGGAUGAAAAAUUAAGGAACUUGCUCUACCAGGAAUAUGCUCCCAUGUAUCCAUCAGGCAGUACAGCAGAGACCCCGGGCUCCGGCACCGAGUACAUCCAGUCUCCUCCUGGUCCAGACAGCGCCACAGGAGGAUCAGGAAACAGCACACCAGGGCCGAUGGGUGAGGGACGCUACAGAGCAGGAGAACAGCUGCCUCAAAUUCCAGAGAGAAUGGAUAGUUUGAGCACACUGAGUGACUCAGCCGUGUGUGCUUCCUUGUCAAGAAGACACCUUCCUCACUCUGCAUCCUGCUCCGGAACAAGAGGCAGAUUUAAGAUAAUCUCUGUUCCUCCUGAAGUGGCCAACAGACGGGAUGUGAAGCAAAGGAGCUGGAGCAGUGCUGCCUCACCCGCACACCCUGUAGGAUACAGCGUGGACCACGUUCAGGCGGAGGCCAUGACUGCCUCCACCACGAUUGGCCGUUUCUCUGUGGUGAGCACUGAAGAUGACAUUACACAAAGGACACGUCACAGCCGCUACUCUGCCCCGCCUGAUUUCUACCUGGACACACCUCCCACCAUGGCCAAGCGGAGCUCCCUGCCUCACAAUCUGACCUCACCCUCUGUCCCUGUGGAUAUCACGGUCCAUGCUCGUUUCCUCUCGUCGGACUCGGGGGCCGAGAGCAGCCCUGCAAAACUGGCUCCGGCCACUCCGUCCCAACAUACUCGCACCGAGCGCAGAGGAAGUGACCUCAUGAAGAGGGCAGUGGCCUUCCUCCGUCGCUCAGGGCGCAGCAGCAGUGUGCAGAGCUCUGACUCACCAAGUAGGCAUGGAGGCGUGCAUGGCUCAGCCUAUGGCAGCAGCGAUAAUGACUCAGAGAUGGAAGACUCAGACAUGAAAAAGGAACUACAGAGACUCAGGGAGAAACAUCUGAGGGAGAUAUCUGAGCUGCAGGCCAAUCAACGGGGGGAAGUGGAGCUGCUGUAUCGACGGCUUGGCAAACCACCUCCUCCUGGCCUGGGACUCAUUGCACCACAUGCCGGCCGUAGAAAGAGGUCCAGCAAGCACAGACUGAAGCCUGGCAAACUUCUCAGCCCCCUGGUUCAACAGUUUAGAAAUGUCACAACCAAAAGUAGUGACUCCAGCAAAUCCAGUGCUGCUACAGGUACAGGUGAGCCCACAGUGAGUUUAAAUGGCUCUCCAGCCAAAGGGUCUUUUCCCACUCAUGGCAGGGCACGGUCAUGCACCAGCCACCUUCCUAGCUCAACCUCAGAGCCAGUGCAGACUCAGCAGCCCUGUUCCCUCAAGGGCUCUUUGUCUUCUGAUAAUAUUUACGCCGGACUUCAUGGAGAUGGCACCAACACACAAGCUCCACCUGGACAAGGUGACCGCCAGCAACGUAUACUAAAUUGCUGGUCUAAUUACCCUCAAACGUCUGAGAGAGUGACCUAUAAAUCGAGUAGCAAGCCACGAGCUAGAUUUCUCAGUGGGCCUGUGUCUUUGUCUAUCUGGUCAACACUGAAGCGAUUGUGUCUCGGCAAAGAGCGUGGCAGCAGGUCUGGAGCUGGGCCAGGGCCUUUCAAUCAAUCACAGCAGCCACCUACCGGUGCAACGCCUCCUUCUCAUCAGCCAGUAAUAGGACUGGCCCAAGCUCAGGCCAAUAACAGCAACAACAAGACAGGCACAUACACUAGCGUAUCCAUGAGUGCCUAUGAAAACAACCUGCCUGAAGACUUGCAACGGCUGAUGGACGACUGGGCCCAGGAGGUUCUUAUUGUCACCCACAGGCCGCGCACUAACUCUCUGAGUAUCAGCGGGCAGCAGCUUUGGGAUCAGGUUGUGCCUCGAACACAUGGACAACUGGCUGAUGCUUCAGAUGUAUCAUCAUGGACAGCCUCAGGUCCAGAGGCCUGCAGUCUUCCCCUAACAUGGUCAGACAGCCCCGGGUCAACAAUGAUGACCAGCCCCUCCACAGGGCCCCACCACAGUUAUCUGCUACACUCUCCUGCUACGUGCAAGGCCUCACCUCUUUCUGUUACCCAGUGGCCUGGGUUCCUCUUCCCCCUUCCCCCUUCUCAUUCAGGGGUCUUUGUCUUUCCUGCUGUGCCCUCAGCCCAGGAUGCCCCCAGCCCCAUUUCAGCUCCAUCGUAUCAGCCGUCCGACCCUAAAGCUAGGACUCUCUAAUUUGAGUAGCAUUGUGUCUUCCAAUUCUGUUACCAAAAAGAAAUCUCAUGAUAGGUCUAGUCAAUUUUAUGUGCAUAUACUGUAUAUAUUUAACCAGCAUGAAUUUAACCAUAUGUACAUACUCUUUCUUGGGUUUCAUGUUAUUUGUUUCAUUUGCAUCAACAUACCUCAUGUCCACAUUGCAGUACAUAAUCCUUGAGUGCAGUGUAAUGGUAGCAGUACAUUAAAAGAUGUAUAAUUAGCCAAUCAGGCUUAAAAGUGCAGAUUUUUGUCAUUGCUUAUGUAUGUACCUUAUCACCAACUGAAUGUACAUAAUGUACUGUUCAUUCAUGCUGUGUUUAUAUAAAUAGUUCAUGUUUGUUUUACUCAUAUCACUCCUAUUUAUAGGCUGCCGUGUGUAUAUAUGAAUUCUUGUUAGUCUGUACAUAGCUCCUGUGUUUGUACAGUCAACAUUAGAUAACCCAUAGGCUGGUGCUGCAGAUAUGUGUCUUAAAGCAACACCGUAUUAGCCAUUAUCAUGCCAUCACUGUGAAGACUUGACAUCCUGGUCAUUAGGAUCAGUUGCUUUACUCUGCUCUUUCAGUCCAAGGAUAGGUUUCAUUCAUCAUCAAUGAAAUGCUUCCAGCACAAGCGCUUGAAAUAUCCUUAAGAGAUUUGAAUGAACUUGAACUUUAUCUUCAGGUGAACAAAACACCUGUGAGAGUGCCUUGAAUUGCAGUUUCAAUUUUAUGAAGAAAAGCAUUUAGAUUUAAAAGCAGACACUAGAUGUUCUAUAUAUAUAUAGAUAUGCUUUCACCUUCAAAGUUAAAUUAUGUGAUUUGAAUAAUGAAUGUGGAUUGAAACAUAUUUAAUUUAGUGACAAAACAUAAUUAGACACUAUAAUCUGAUCAUGUUGCAGUUCAUAAAAUGUCACAGAUUAUAAAAGAAAUCUUGUUCACUGAAGUUUUCUUGUGGGCUUGCUCUACCACCUGCACCACCACCUGCAUGAAUACACCGAUAUUCUGAAUGUGCACAGGUUGAUGUGAGUUACAGGAGGGUGUUGUUAGAAAAAUGAAACUGGCACUGAAAUCAUAUGACAAGGAGGGCUGAAGGACUCAACAUAUGAGUCAUAGUCAUGCCAUACCUCUACUAAUGCAAUCUGUAGCUUUACAUAUUGUUGCCUUUGUGGUUUUUAAGAGAUUACUGUAUGGUUGGUUGGUUGUAUGAUAAAUGAUAAAUGUUGACGGUAUGAUGAUGUUUAGAGGCACAUGAAGAAUGUAAAUUAUUGAGAAGCCACAACUGUUUGACAUGUUCUUUGUACAAUGCAUAGAUUUUCUAAAUUAUGUUCAUCUGGUUCAUACAGCUAAUUGUAUUAUGGCUAACUUAAUUCAAAGAUCGCUACCACAGUUUCCGCCAAUUCAAUAGUACAGCCUCAAAAACAGCACUGUCAAUACUUACUCCUCUUUUAUAACUUUCACAAUUCUCUCUGAUGUUUUUAUGUAUUCUGCAAAGGUAGGAUGGAAUGAGUUCUUAAAAACUUGAGAGAGCCAUUGCAGACAAAUUGUGUAGUGCAGUUUGUGUUGAGUGCAGACUGGAUUUAACAAAACAACUGUUUCCCAACAUGUAGCCCCUUCAAUUCUGACUUUUUACACUCAAUCCAGCUAUUUAGUAUUGCACUUCCAUACAGUUGGGUGACUCACAAA